GUUCUUGUUUGCAUUCACAACAGUUUUCUCAGCAACAUGCCUCCGACCGAGAAGCAAAAGGACAUCUCCCACCGUCAUCGCUCUUUCAAGGGAUGCUGGACAUGCAAGAAAAGGAGGAUCCAGUGCGAUGAAAUGCGCCCAGCCUGCCAGAAAUGCAGUGCUCGGGGUCUGACAUGCGAGGGAUACGAGAUCCGAUUGCGCUGGGGGGCUGGGAUCGCGUCCAGGGGGAAAUAUUCAGGCGCCGAGAAGCCUGUGAAAGAAUCUAUACCCCCACGGUCGAAGCGGAGAUGGGAUAUGCGAGACAAGGGAGACAGAUCUUCUUUAGGGGACGGGGAUGGUCAGCCUGUUUUGGUCUCGCAAUCUCCGACGAAAGAAGAUCGAGAACCACAAUUAGUUGCCGAGCGAGCAACAGUCAAUAUACUUAACUCAUCUUGGGAACCGGGUUCUCCACGGAGCUCCGCUAUCAACAAGCAUUUUGAGAUACCUGCAUCCUUGGCGACUUUGGCUGCAACUGCUGUGUAUGGUCGAAAUCCAGAUAUAUCGGGUCAAUAUGCCCAGAAUGCGGGCCGACGGAGUAUAUUGGCUUGACUUGGGCAUGUAUUCUGG